AUGCCGAAAGACGCACCAGUCAGCCACCACCAGCAUUAUAACGGCCGUGGUAUGUGGGUGUACAAUGCACCAGUGUACCACGGUGCAGCGGCUGUGCCCGUGCGUAUCUAAUAAAAAAAGCACAUGCGAUGUUACAGGUGCCGGCAGUUGGGGCACAUCGCUAGAAACUGUGCUUUUUGUAAAUUUUAUUUAUCGGACUCCCCCUGCGUGGUACCUGGGACACCGUCGGGCGCGUCCUCGCAGCGGCCACAGCAGCAGCAACAACAACAACAGCAUCAGCAACAACAACAGCAGCAGCAGCAGCAACCUCAGCGAGGGUCGAGGCGGCGGGGCCGUGGUGGAAGGUAAGAUCGCAAAUACCAAAAUAUGUCAAUCAUCAAAAACAUAAAAUGUAUUGUUUUCAGUAGUUUUGUCCAACCAUUGAUUGUGGGGGUGGAGGGGUCGCCGGCCGCGGCCUCGACCCCGAAGCCGGCAGUGAGUCCAACGUAAGAAUAGUCAAUAUUAUAGAACUGAAAAUAUUAAAAUAAAAAAAUUAUAUA